AUGUCGUUCGCUGGUGGCUUCGACGAGCCUGAAGCUUGGGGAGCACCUGACUCUGGAAGUGGUGAUUUCGUCAAAGACGCGAUUCGGAAGGAACUGGUCAUCAGGGAGAUCGCUGCAGCGCAGGGCGAUUUGCGAGCUCUGUUAUCGCGCGUAGCCGUCGUGCAGAAGGACGUCGACAAGCUGACCUCCGAAAACUCCACGUUGCAAAUGUAUAUUGACAAUCUUACUAUGCAAAUGGCCAAGAGAAAAUGA